AUGAACAUGCACGACGAUCUGCAGCUGCGGGUGAGCGCAGUGAAGCAGUUGGGCACCAUCGCCACCGCCCUGGGCCCUGAGAGGACUCGCGAGGAGCUGUUGCCUUUCCUCCAGGAGAUCAUCGAUGACGACGACGAUGCUUCGGCCUGA